CAUAGUGCAACGCCAUCGUCACUGGUGUCAUUAGGGUCCGCGUCUACCGAUUCGCCAAGUCCGCAAAACCCAAAGUAGAAAAGCCGGACCCUCUGCAAGACCACGCCGUGCGUCCACGGGUCUCCUGCACCUCCCCUCCCACCCCCCGCCACUACCCAAUUCUGAUCUUGCCUGGUUCACGUCAAGUGUACCUGCCCGUCUCGUCUCGGUUCCUGCAACACCAUCCAUCAAUCAUCGUCUCUCUCCUCCUGCCCGCACGCCCUCCCGUCCUUUCGCUUCCCCCGCCUCGCGUACGCGCUCCGUCAUAUGGAAACAAGGCAACCCGAGUAUUCGCAGUCAGGUUCGAAUCUGCCCUACCCUUCCUUUCCAGAACCUCCUUCUGAAGGUUCCUCUCCAGAUCAGCCAUCUGCUGCGCAAUACCAGCAAGCCGCCGACCCUCGCUCAUCCUCGACCUACUCGACCUCGGCCACGCCCACGUCCGAGUACACGCUCAACCCGCCGUCUGCGCGCUCCUCGGGCAACUUCCCAGACUACAUCCAACGUUCGUACCAGGCGCCGGGCGUCCAAGGCACCUCCGCCGCUAUGGCGCAGCAACAAAGUCCGUCCAUGCCUCUGCAAAAUGGCCAGAACAAUGACCAUGCUCCCAACCAAGAGCCUCAGUCUAACGCCGAUGUGCCUAUAGAUCCGACCAUCGCCGCAGGCGCGAGCCCCACGACCUAUCCUCCGCACGGCCAGCAGUAUGCCCCCUACGGCCAUGGAGACAUGCAGCAUCACUACCAAGGCCAGCCCAACACGCAGAUGUACACCCAACCCCGCCAGGAGUGGGGGGCACCCGCCUAUCCCUCUCACAUGUAUCAUCCCCACUCCUCGUCCGCAGGCCCGCCUGCUCCCUCCAUGGUCUCGCCGGUGAGCCAGCGACCGCCAACGGGAGGCCAUCCGCUGUCGACGGUCUACUCGUUCGUACCCAUCCCCGGUGCGCAGCAGCACAAGAGGCCGCGACGCCGCUACGAAGAGAUUGAGCGCAUGUACAAGUGCGGCUGGAAUGGUUGCGAAAAGGCCUAUGGCACCCUGAACCAUCUCAACGCCCAUGUCACGAUGCAGUCGCAUGGCGCGAAGCGCACCCCUGAAGAAUUCAAGGAGAUACGAAAGGAAUGGAAGGCCAAGAAGAAGGAGGAGGAAGCAGCUCGCAAGGCCGAGGAAGAGGCCAGGAUGCGUGCCAGUGAAACACGCACCCACGAUGGGGCGGCUCCCGUUGCUCAGUACGCAGAGGUGCGGCAGCCUCUCCCUAUGGCCUCGGGCGCCCAGCUCCCUCCUCUUGGUUAUCAAGCCGCUUCAAGCGCCUCCACGACCGCCAGCUACGGCAACCAGAGUCCCGGCUUGAACGAGUCAAUGGCCCAUUAUGCGCAGUCGCCGUACGGACAGAAUCAAGCCCCCAUGUACCAGCAGCAGAACCAUUAGGCGGGUGAAGCUGAUGUGCCACAUCUCCCUUCCCCCCCUUCGCCCCGAACCAGAGGCGACUCUCCCUAAAUGACUAGCGACGUCCGUGCGCUC